AUGCCGAUUCCACUGGGGGCGCCUCUUAGUGAUCCAAAGUUUGUGUUUCUUCAGAUUUUGCAUACCCUGAGCAUGUUUUUUAUCAUGCUUGGCGUCGUGCGCGUUGUGCUUGGUGUUCUUUCCCUGACUUUCAUUGACAGCAGCGCUCUCUCCGUCCCACUCUUCACCUCAUUGGGGUAUUGCUUUCAUGUGCCUCUCCGCUCUCUUUUUGCCGUGAGAGUAGAUGAUGUUUCCGACGGCUCCGCCAUGCGUUUCUUUCUUAUGCACUUGUUGACCGCAUGCUUUUUUUCAUGUCCGCUUGCUCUCACGAUUCAGCGUCGCAAGUUUGCGCUGGACUUCAUCUUCACAUUGUAUGCGAUGUACUACGUUUUUUGUUGCCUUGCAAGUUGGCGACUGACAGGAGGCGGGUUCGCGUGGUGGGUGUCGGUUCUCACGGGCUUCUGCGUUUUGUAUGGCUUGACCUUCUUUUUGUGUGGGCGGCGUGAGCUGCAGGACAUCUUCUUCCCGCUGCCCACGGCUCCAGCAGUAGCAGUUGGCGGUAGUGGCGGUGUUUGUAACGUCAGUAGCUCGGCUGGUGGUGGCGAUGGCGAUGUGAUGAUGGCAACGUUGGGAGCUGCGGUGGAAGCAAACGGGGUGGAUGUGGACGGAUGUUCCUUUUCGAACGGCUGCUCGUCACCGCGAACGGUGACAGAGGCGGUGUUGAUGGGCCCAGGCAGCGCCAGGAAGCGGCGGCAGUAG